AUGAAUGGAUGGCUGGAUUUAUGUACCAAUUUAUCAGCUCCCGCCUGCAAUGCGCAGCUACUUACCCCUCUCCCCAAAUCAUCGGUGAACGAAACUGCGGCAGCUACAACCACUGUACGACAAGGCAGGAUGUACACUGCGACCAUACUUUCCAUACUGUUUUGUGAAUUGGAAACGUACUCUCUAUGCGCAGAGGAUGUAAGAAAGCUUUUUAUACUUGACCACUGGGGUCUCCGAAGCAUUGACUGA